GGGGGUAGAUGUGAAAGACGUCCAGCUACAAAGAAGUGAGUUACAUGGAUAUGGAUUUUCUGUACUUGGAGGAUCAGGUUUGGGAUUACCCCCCGUAAUCUAUGAAGUUGUCGAAGAUUCACCAGCAGCACUAUGUGGGGUGCUAAAGCCGCACCUGUGCGUCUUUUCGUCAUCGAUAGUUAGGAAGAACUCGAGACUCUGCAGUGGCAGGUGAUCCACAACAACAGCUGUGUUUCUUGUCUCACGGAAGCUUGUGAUUCCUGUAAUUUAUUGUUGAACAGUGAGCAACAGUAUAACCUGUACCCAGGCUCUCCAAAAUAAAACCUUUUCUUUAUUUAUUCACUGUAAGUGGGAACAAUGACUGUAGUGGGGUUUGCGCCGGCUCCGAUGUUGUAAGGUUUGUUUCUCUGCAGUGGUCAUUGUCAUCACGGGUAAACUACAUGUGCGGGGGAAGUCUAAGUACAGCAGCGUCCGUCGAUAUCGUCAAGGAACGAAGUCAGCACACAGAGGAAAAUAUUUCAAACAAACAUUCAGACAAAGAUAGAGCCAGGUGAUGUAAUUGAAAGUAUCAAUGACCAAAUUGUAUUGUCCCUAACAACGAAAGAAGUGUUAAAAUGUCUGAGGCUGUCCAAUGAUGUAGUCAACUUAAAAGUACAAAAAGUUGUCUUCAAACUUAUGUCUCAAAGUGGAUUCCUCAUCAUCAAAUUUGAUUUCAACAGUUUCAGAUUUUUCGUCUAUGAAAAGCAAGUUUUCCUGAAAAUAAGAUCCUUUAACAAAGGAAAAAGUCUGGCGACAUAUUUCUGCCUCCAAUGAAAUGGAAGCCUUGCAUAAAUCAUCCCACCAUGAAGAACAUCAUGGCAUGGGCGAUGGGGUUCCCCCCCAAAAAUCUGACUCUCUUGAAGCUAAUGGUGCAAAAGAAAACAAUGAAAAUGUUCCACCCUCACCAAGGCAUGAUUCCACAUAUCAGCAAAGUGAUUCUGAUACGGAAAGUGUUAAAUCGAACAGGUCUCAGACCAAACAACCUAAAUUUGAGGCCUUUAUGAUGACAGGGGAUCUCAUUAUCAAUCUUAAUGCUAAGACAUCUCAUUCAUGCUCAUUAGUACCCCAGAAUCGAAGGAUAGAACCUUCAUCUUACACUCAUAAUUCAACACCAGCAAGUCCUGAGGAGAGUGAAUAUCGCUCUCGUUGUAAAGGAACAAAAAGAGAAGCUCCCAAAUUUCAUAGUCCAGUUUCAGAAAAAAAAGGUAGUUUUAGUUAUAAUAGCAGCUUUGUUAGGACUUCUAGAAGUGAGGACCAUUUACAAAAAGCUUCUGUCACAACUGUAAAUAUUGACAUUGAUGAUGAUAUGGCUUCUUCUUUAAACACUCUUCUCGACACUAAACAGGACACUUCAAAUGAGAGGAUAGUGUGGACCUAUAAUGCUCCAGUAAAACCAGGAGAAUUGCCUAUCAGUCCUCUGACAUCUCCAAAGAGUUGUUCUUCAUCCUCCUCCAGUAAGACAGUUUCCCCUGUGAAAUCUGUAAGUCAGAACCAUACAGCACAACAAUAUGAUACUGAUUUGUAUGAAGAUGGCAAGUUUCCAGACAUUGGAAAUUCAUUUGAAUCAUCCAAAAGUUUUGCACAGAAUGGCCAAAGAGAUUAUCACAGUGAAACUGAAGGUAGCAGUGAAAUCAUGUCAGCUUUUAGCAGUUCUGAAGACACAGAACAACUCCCAAUAAGCAGCUCUGAUCUCAGUUCUCCUAUGGACAAUUUAUCACCAUCUGAGGAGCUGAGGCAGGAGGACUGGGUUGUAGAUAUAAAUGUCGAGGAAUCGGUCAGAAAUCACGAACUAGUCAGUGAAACAGCUAACAGACAAGAAGUGCCAAUUAUACAAAAUAAUUAUAGUGAGAAAGAAAUGACAAAAACUGUUAUAGGUGAAAAUCGACUGUGCUUACAAGUCAGCUCUGAAUGGCCUCGGUCUCCUGAAUCUAAAAGUAGUUCCUCGUCAACAUCCAAACCUGACAUUAAAGAGAAAUUUGAUAAAAAUAUUGAUCGUUCACCAUCAACAACUUCUGAAAGCACUAUUGAAGAUAUGCCAUAUCAAGAACUCAGAAAUAAUCAGGAUGAGGAACCAACUUCAACAGUUACAGAAGAUGACACACGACAAACUGUUUCUCCACCAACUGAUGAUGAAUCCGACAUUGAAAGUCUUCAUAGUUUUCAUUACAGUCCUAAAGCUAUAGAUAUGCCUUCUGCCUCACGACUAGCCAAAAGACUCUACAAUCUUGAAGGAUUUAAAAAAACGGAUGUUUCGAGGCAUCUCAGUAAAAACAAUGACUUCAGUAGAGUAGUUGCAGAAGAAUACCUCAGGUUUUUUGAAUUUACCAAUGAUGCUUUGGAUGUUGCACUGCGAAAAUUUCUCAAACAGUUUUGUCUAAUUGGAGAAACACAAGAGCGUGAAAGAGUGCUCGUCCACUUUUCUAAACGCUACCUGGAUUGCAAUCCUGGCUGCUUUAAGUCACAAGAUGCAGUCCAUACUUUAACUUGUGCACUUAUGUUGUUAAACAGUGAUUUGCAUGGUGAGUCUGUUGGGAGAUUGAUGACUUGUUUGGAGUUCAUAGAAAAUCUUUCUGAGCUGAAUGAUGGUGAAAACUUUCCAAGAGAUGUUCUGAAAGCUCUAUAUCAUUCCAUCAAAUCAUCACCCUUAGAAUGGGCAGUGGAUGAAGAAGAUGAUGGAGAGGGAGAGUCUGGAAGUCAUCGACCUUCUCAAGAUGUACGACAAACUUACAUAGGACAAAAUCCAUUUUUAGAGGUGCCUAAUCCCAGUUGUGCAACUGAGUACAAGAAGGGGUAUGUCAUGAGGAAGUGUUGUGUGGAUCCUGGUGGAAAGAGAACUCCACUUGGGAAGAGAGGCUGGAAGAUGUUUUAUGUUACUCUAAGAGACAUGGUGCUCUACUUGCACAAGGAUGAGCAUGGAUUCAAAAGGAAUCAACUUUAUGACAGUCUUCAUAAUGCUAUACGAAUGCACCACUGUUUGGCUACAAAAGCUCUAGAUUAUACCAAGAAACAGCAUGUCUUCCGACUUCAUACUGCUGACCAAGCUGAAUACCUUUUUCAAACAAGUGACUCAAAAGAACUUCAAAGUUGGAUUGAUACCAUCAAUUUCGUAGCUGCUAGCCUUUCAGCAGCACCUCUUCCAAUUGCAGUGGGCUCUCAAAACAAAUUUCAGCGCCCUCUAAUGCCAGUCAGUCAUACUAAGUCAAAUCUGAGGGAACAACUCCAAGACCAAGAGAACCAUAUUGUCUGGUUAGAGAAAGAACUUGAAGAGCACUUAGCUCACACUCCUGAGAAAGGUGCCAAAUCUCGCAUCAUUCAUGAUUUUGUUGAAAAAGAAGCCUACUUACAGACUGAGCUUAAAAGAUACAGGACUUAUGCCUUUCUGCUACGAUCCAAAAUGGCUCAAUUUCCGGAACUUGAACCUUCACUUGUAGAGACAUCAAUUGGGGAAGUUGAAGAACCUCAUGAGAGGGUGGAUCGUACUCAGACUGUUCCUUCUACUCCUCCUGGAGGUCGACCUUCAGGAAAACGCUCCAUACCAGAUAGAUACAGCUAUCGUGCUGCUAUCUAUAGGAACAGCACAAAAGAUGAUUGUGGCUAAUGAAAUACAAUAUCAAGAGGUUGAAGAGAACAAAAUAGUUUACUUAGGCUAUAAAUGAUACAUGAAGUAACUUUAUAUUGAAAAACUGUGUGACAUUUAUAAAUGUAUAUAUAUCUUUGAGAAUCAGCCUUGAUAGAAAAAAGAAUCCCUAAACUUGGCAAUAUAAACAAAAUAGAGGCCUAUAACUAACAGAAAUUUAAAGAGCCUGAUAUUUUUGUUUAACCAGAUUUUUAGUAAAUAAUUAUAAAUGAAUAACAUGUAAACCCAUUAAGCCUACUUGAAGAAAAGGAUAUUAUGUACAAAGAAUUCAUCUACUGUACAGAUCUGCUCUCCAUGAGAAGCAUUCACUUCAUGGUUUAUCUCUGGUAUAUGCAAACUUAAAAAUGUCAGUGAACAAAAAAACCAAAGCCUUGGAAACAAAAAGAAGAAACAAACAGUGUUGUCCUACUUUAGAAAACAAUUCUAACAACUCAUUUGAACCUCUGUGACUAACAGAAAGUGUUUCAACCCCUUGCCUUCUUUAUGUAUUUGCAACAGAGUUUAUAUGAACCACAGAAGAAGAAGAAGAAAAUAUCCUUAUAAAUUUGUACAUCAACAGCGUAUGAAAGUUACUGUGAAGAGUCAAAGCAGAGAGUGCCAUUGCUCUGCACGUUGUUGAACAUGUCACCUCCUUUCUAGUGGCAGCUAAUUUUGUGUCUGGCCUUGUCCAAUGAAGUUCACUGAUUUUCCUCUUAUACCAGUCUGAUGGAGGGUAUUUACUUGCCUAUUGUGGUGGAUAGGGGCUAAUAAUGAAGAGUUUUCUUCUUAUUCUAAGAAUCUUAAGGUCCAGGUUUUCACCUCAGUCAGAAUUUUCUGACUUUGCCUUAGUGGAAAUUUUUUUUCUCUUCUCACAGAUUAAGAUUAUCAAAACUGCAUUUUUUUAAGUAACUGUAGUAUUAAUAUUGAUGGUUAGAAUCAGCCUAUCCUGUAAAGACAAGCAAAUGUGUAAUUUCAGUAGGUUACAGUAUAUGCAGACAGUAACUUAAAUUCUAGAAUACAUCAGUAGAAAAAUAUAACCUCAAGUAUGUUCUUAUCAUUGUAUCUUUUUUUACAUUAUAAUGUAAUUUUUUAUAUACAUUCAUGCUGUAUACUUUCUGUUCUUACUAUUGUUUAUUUUCAUUAAUUCUGGAAAGCUUAUAGGUCAUGAUAAGAAUAUUACCAUUCUGUAAUGCUGACUUAAAUUUUUGUGUUAAUCCUUUCAGUGUAUUUUUUUAACCCACUACAAAAUUUUAAUGAAGAAAAACAAUUGGGUGUUUUGUUUAAGAAGAGUCUUUUUUUUUCCUUGUGUUAAUUUACUGAAGUUGAACACAGGCAGUAUGUUCAUAUUGAUGACCUGGCAAGUUAAUUUCUGAUGUCAUAGACUGAGAUGUCAAAAGGAUUUAUUAUUAAAUAUAUUUACACAAGAAGCUGAUUUUUUAAUAUAUAUUUAUCUUUAUUACUUAGUGCGUGGUUGGAGCAGCUUCAUGAUGAUCAUUGUGAGUAACCGAGACAAACAUUAGUCUUCAUUGUUUAUGUGUAUAGUAAAUAAUGUCAUUUUAUGAGGAUACCGAUAUUCUAAUAAAUCUCUUUACACAUACACACACACUUAUAUAAUUACAUUUAAUAGUGUUUGUGUAGAAAAUACAAUCUUGAUUGUUUUUUUUUUGAAUGAAGCUAUUGUGUUAUUAUGUGAAAAGAAAUUAUGGCUUCAGUAGAAUGUGAAAGUUUUAAAAAAGAUUCAAUUACUUAAAUUGCUAGUAAAAAUUCAGUAGCACUACUGAACUUUUACUUGCAAUUUCGGAACUAGAAAAUUAUGACUUGUGUGUUUUGAGGCAGUAGCCUUCAAAAGAAAUCUUUGAGAUUUCAUAUUAUCAGUUUCUUUGUAAAAGUUAUGACAGGUAUUGUUUUUGAUCUGAAAUUUUAGGUUUUGUACAAAGUUACUAGUCGUAAUCAAUUACUUGAUGUAUUUUUGUUAGCAUCGCUUUGUUUACUGUUUGUGGUUGCUUCUACAUAAUACUGCUUUCUAUAGGAGUCAUUCUGACACAUUUUUGACAAAUUUAAUUUUUUUAUUUUUUUGCUUGUUAGUUUUAUUCCAUUAUGAGUAAGAAUGACAUCUUUUAGAAAGUUUUAAGACUUUUUAAAGAUUGAAUAGAAAGAGGGUAGUGUUAGGCCCUUUUUUUUUUAUAAAAUAUAUACAAACGUUACAUGAAUAGAUGGUCAAAGCUCAUGAAAGAGGCUGUGUGGACUAAAAAUAAUUUUUGUUUUACAUUUCUUAGCUUCUGUUUGCAUGAGGUUAUUUUGCUUGUAACGGGAUUUGCAGGUGAAGGCUUUCUUAGAAAUAUUUUCUGAAGUUAUUGUUUUUGGGUUUAUAGACUUUUUAAACCAAUAGCUGUGCUUGCAAUUUUUAUAUGAAAAUGUUACCAUUCCAGAUAAGUAAACCAUUUACACAAAUGACUUAAAUUUUUCAUGUGUUUAAGAUGUGUUUUUAUUGGGGCUCCUUGAGUUAUUUAUUAUUUGGACAGACCAAAAACCAUGAAAAAUCACACAAUACAUUUAUGUUUCUCUGUGGUGGUGUUUUUUUUUAAACAACUUUGACUAUUCUAUUACAUAUAACUUGAAAACUUGGCUUUCAGUGUUCCAGUAAGGCUUUUAAGAGUUUGAUGUUGCAGCUCGUAAGUGUUUUUUCAUGCAAAUAAUAACUAGGCUUAACAAACAUUCCUAUGGUUUUCAGGCCAGGUAUAUAUUUAGGCUUCUCUUUUUUUAAUAACAUUUGCUGUCUUAUCAGUAUACCAUGGUGUAAUUACAUAUAAUUCACUGUACAUAUCAAAUGUAUUUUCCUUUUAAAAAACCUUGAAAACAUAAUUAUAAUUACCAAACAUCUAUCUGUUAUAUUCUUUAGCCCCAAAAUGUUUUCAUGGUUAUCAUGCUUGCUUAGAUUUUGAUGAAGAUUUUGUAGAGUUCUAAGAUGCUAUCUUUAGUCUAUACUUUAUUGGCAUCUUUUAAUUUAAUGAUAAUUGUGAUAAUGUUUGUAUCUAUUGUUGCAACCACAGGUUUUAAAUUACUAUUUAGAACUUAUAAUUCACUCCUCAAAAAUGCUUUCAUUUUCAGUUUUCUUGUUCUGUGACUUAUUAUUUUUGAUAUUAUAUGAUUUUUUAGUAUCAUGAAUAUUUAAUAUGGUCAUUGGUAUCAUUAAAACCAGAAAUUUGUGCUCCAUAACAUAUUCAAAAUCUACAAACAUCUAUUUUGGGUGACAUAUUUUAUACGCAACUUAGCUAAAGUCACUAUUUUAUAUUUUUCUUCAAUUUGAAAUAAAAAAAAAACAAGUUUUAAUUCUGAAGUCAUGAUUCAUAUUGAAAUUGUAAACAUAAUUUUUUCUUGUAUCAACUGACAUACAAAACGUUUUCAGCCUGAUAAGUCUGAGAAUUAUGAAUCAUGUUCAAAUAUAAACAUAAAUUUAUUUGGAAAAAUGUAAACUUUGCUUUUCGAAUUUCUACAAAAGUUAUGAUAGCAAAACUUAAAAAUCAAAGAAAAACAAACUGUAGAAGAGGAACACUGCAAGUAGUCUCUUUUGUCUUCAUUGUUCCACAGGAAUUAAGAAGGAAAAUUUUAAUAAAUGAAAAAGGCUAAGAGGGAUGGUGUUGUUUUUUCAGUCUUUUUUUGUUGUUGUUAAAAUAACUAAAAAAAAAGGAUGGUUUUAUUCAAAUUCAAAGGCUUCUUACAUCCUUGUUGGAUCACUUACCUGGACUCGUUUGGAAGAAGUAAUUAACCUUUUGGAUGCAUUUUCCUUGUUUGGCAGCAAGAAAAGUGACCAUGGUUCAUUUCGGAGCAAAACGUUAUCAGAUAAGCUUUCUUAUAACAAGCUAAUCCAUAGAAACCAAGCUUAAAAGAUACAUUAGUUCUUUUGAUGGUUGCAGUGGAAAUUUGUAUAAUGAAAGAAAUUAAACUUCUGCAAGUGUGUCUUGUUUUAAAACCUAAUACUUCUACAUGUUAUUUAAUUGCAAUGCAAUAAUGCACUGAAGAGGUUUAUGCACUAGCUGAAAGUAUAAUAUAUAUAUUCAAGUUAGUAAAGAUAUAAAAUGUUAAUAUAUGAUUAUGUAUUUUAGUGUUGUUACCUCUGGUAUAGGGGAACCAGUGGUAAAAUAUAGUGAACAAACAGUGUACAGAAAGAAAAUUAUGGUUGACUGAAUUAGAUAUGUCAAAUUGGCCAAAUUUCUUUCAGUCAUCAUUUGAUGAUAUUAUCAAGAGGGUUGAGGCACCUAGUAAUUAAUUAAAGCUAAAUUACUAGAAUGAACUUAUGAUAAUCUAUGAGAAUGCCAAAUCUUUAUACAUUUGCAUCUUCAUUUCUGGAAUCUACUCUCCCUUGUUUACUAAAUAUUGAAGACCAACUGUGUAAUUGGGUAAUUUGCAUAUAAGAUAUUUUUUCCAAAGCAGAUUUUUUGCAGCUUUUGGGUAUGUUACAGAGAUAAAAAUUCUGGUUGCAACAGUACCCAAAACAGCUUGGUAAAGAAAUUUCCAGGUUUAACCUUCAAUGACUAUACUUAUUGUUUUUAUGCUAGUGGUUGACAUUUGGGACUUUGUUAAAAUGUGAAACGUAUAUGGAUGCUAGUAGAAGUUUAAAUUUCAGAUUCCAGAUGCCAAGUUUUGAUUAAAAAAUACUUGGGUGCAAGAUUAAAAGUGGCAAAAGUUACUAGUUUAUACUUGAAACAAAAUAAUGUUAAUAUUGUGCAAAAGGUUAGAAUAUGUAUGACUGGUAAUUCAAGUGUGUCUUAUGAAGGUAUUCCAUCCUUAGGUUAGUACUGUAUAGAAUUUUAAGUAUUUACAGUCAUUUGUCUGCCUAAAAUAUGAAAUUGUUUUAUGUUUGUUUUGACAUAUUUUAAAUUAGAAGCAUUUUUAUCAGUUGGUAUUUUUUUAGGCAGUACAGACAUAUUAAUUUCAUUGAAAGUUUUUGUAAUUUAUAGAGAAAGUAUUGAAGUUUUAGACUUGAAAAAUUAUUCAUUUAUUCCUCACAUACCUUAUUUAAGAACAUUAAAAAAGUAGAUGUGUUUUAUUAGUAUUCUCAAUAAUAAUAAUAUUUUAUUAGAAUGAGUAAAAACAUAUGCUUAUAGGGUAAAACAUUCAAAAUAAUAGGAAAAAGUCAGUGGAGACUUUCAUGUUAUAUUGUUUUUAGUAAUGUUGACACCAGCUUAUCAAUAUUGUGGUUUGCAGUAUUGCCCUCAAAAGUAAACUCUAUAAUAAGCAAAGAUUUUUAUUUUGCUAUUUUUACCUUUGUAUCUAAAGGUUGUGUAUAACAUGCAUUUCUGAUAAAAACAAACAUUGUUUUCAGUACAAUAAUUAUAAAUUCAUAGCUAUAUAGUUUUGAAUUUUCACACUUACAUGUUCCAUCAGGAAAUAUUUAAAUUAAUGAAAACUAGAAAGUUAAUCGCUGCACUUUUUAUUUUCAGACUUAGAGCAGUCAACUUUGUAUUGCAGAGGAAGCUUCUCAACAUUUUAUAUACAGUGCUUUUCAAUAAUAUGUACAUUUUCCCUUUAAUAUGUAUACUGAAAUUAUUAUCCUUUGGAAGGUUGAGUGUAGAGGUUGUAGCUAGAAUUUUCGUAUGUUAUUCCUUCAUAGUAUUUGGUCAGUAUUAACUAGAAUACUUUUUCUGGUAGUAUUAAGGUUAAUCUAAGCUCAAAUAAUACAUAUCAACAGAUAGGUUGUCAAACAGCUAAUCACGUGUUACAAGUUCCUGCUAUCAGAUUCUACCAGAACCUUUUGUUUAGGAACUUUCACAUUCACUCCAAUCUACUUGUCUUUUGGUAAUGUAGAUAGUGCUAAAGAAGAAGUGUAUCUCAUUGAAAUUCUUUCCUUGAAAACGUAUUUAUUGGCAAAUCAGCCUGUCAUCGUCUUCCAAGAACCCGUGAGGUCAAAAAGAAUCAAUUGUUUUGAUUUUUUUGUUACAUAGAAUACAGUAUGUACUGAAGAAAAAAACCCCCAUCACAAUUCGGUUGUUCACAUGUAACUCUAAAGACUUUUUCUUUCAUAUGAAAUGGGUUUUGAUAUGCACCAUCACAAUGAAAGUGCAAGAAUAUGGUGUUUAAAAGUAAUUGUCCAUUUUUAGAAGUAUAUAAAAUUUUCCAAAACACUAAAUUAAGUUUUAAAUCAUCUCAUUAUGUCAAGGUGUGAGAAAAUUAUGUAACGAUUUUAGGUGGAUACCAAAAAGUGAAACAUUAAAUGUUUGAUUUAUAAGUUCCAAGAUGUAUAGUGUAAAACUGGGUAUUUUAUUUUCUCUCUCUAUAACAAAAUUUGGUUGCUUUUUUUAGUUAAUCAUAUUAUUCUUCCCAUGUAUAAGAAAGGCAUGGAAUUUGGCACUACUAGAAGUAUGAGUUAAAACAUUUACAGAAAGAACAAAUAUCAAUGUUUUCAGUUGGUGGUUUUUAUCUUAACGUGUUAUCCAUUGUUAAGUAGAUUCAACUCUUCUUUACAAAUAUUCCGUUCUAGUGUGAGUGAAAUGUAUUAUCUUUAGUUUAAGAUUAAUUACAUGUCCCCACAUUUUCAGUCAACAGCUUGUUUGGUUUAUAUAUUUUUUUGAACGAUGUCUUGGAGUUAAAAUGAACUGUAUUUCAAGCUACUUCCAAUGGAUACUAAAAAGAUUUAAAAAAAUCUAGUUCUCUGGAUUUGGUUCGUUGAAUUUUAAGUAUUUUUAUUUUGAAAACGAUAACUGUUUCCUUUUCGUGAUUUAGAUAUAAAUUCAAGCUAUUCCAAAUAGCUUCUUACUGAAAUAGGGCGCAAUAGCAGCCCAAUUUUAAAAUAUUUUAAGAUUUAGAUAUGCUUGGUUUCAAACAACCUCACGUUGAUGUAUAUACAUAUGGUAAAGUGUUCUAUUUUGUGAAUGUUUUAGAUUAGGAUUAGCUUAUUCCAGAAAACAUGGAGUCUAGAAGAGGCGAAAAAGCCCAAUUUGUAAACAAAAAGUCCGUGUUUAGGUUUGUUGUUUUAUUACUGAUAGUAAGAUUUAGGGUAUGAAUUGAGCAGUAUUGAGGAUUUGCUCUAGUAGUUUUCCUUUCCUUCUUAGAAUGUAUCUACUUCAUAUGUAUGACGGAUGUGGAAAUGUGCGCGUGAUUUGAUAUUAUUGAAUGAUUUAACUAUGACAAGAAACGGAGAUGAUUAUAUUCCAAGUAGCUAUCAGCAUACGCAUAUUAGUUUGUUUUUGUUUUUAAUUGGUUAUCGGUUUGGGAAUGAUUAGACCAAUUGUUUAUAUUAACCAGCUUAAAUAUUUAAUAUAAUUUCUUGAAAUAAAUCCAAAUUAGUAUUUCACUGAAAUAAUUAAGAAAGGAAUAGUGUAUGUUUGAUUUCUCGGUAAAACGAAGACAGUUUCAUUUGAGUUUUUGUAGUAAUGCAACUAACUACUCAUCAACACCUUUGUAUCCAAAGUGUAACCAAAUGCUUUAACUUAUGAUUUGUAUAAUUGUUUGAUUAACAACAAUAGAUAGCUCACAGCUAUGAACGCCCCAACUGUAAAAUUAGCUGAGUGUUAAAUACCUUAAAAGUUACUUGAAGGUUUGAAAACUGUUAAAAUUAAAGUUUAUAACGUUAUCAAACUGUAUGAUUUAUUAACCUUAGUUAUUCUAAGUGACAAAAAUGAACUACGUACACGUAACAAUUGACAAAUUAUUAAUUUUGUAGUAGAGUACCAUAUAAUGGUGCUUCGAAAAUAUUUUGUUUAAAAAAAUAGGAAACCCUUCAAGUCUAUAAUUUUUAGCUGUAUGUGAAGGGGAAGAAAAAUAAGCAUGCUUUAUGAUGUUCGAAAUCAUUAAAUGAAUGUGCGAAAUAAGUGUUAUAUUAAAAAUAUGUAAAGAAUGGCAGUUGUAUAUUUUCAUACUUGAUAAGUUAUGGUUCAGGGUUGUAAACAAAACAUAAUCGACGUAUACGCAGUAUGUGAUGAAAUGAUAGAAUUGUUCACAUUUGCCAAAUGCAGCUCGUUUGCGAAAACGGAAACCAGCAGUAGUAGUAGUAACCGAAAAUAAAGAGUAACUUAGAUAGACAUUUUCAAGUUUUAUAAUUUUUUUAGAUUGGUAUACUCCUAUUUCUCGUGCUAUUUUGUGCCAAGAUAAAAUACGCAACAAAAGUUUUGCGAAUAGCUUAUUUUAGUCGCCAUAUUUUCCGUAUAUUUUGAAAUACUGCUGUUUAUAAUUCAUUUUAUUUUUAGGCUUAUGUUAUAUUGUAUGCUAAUCUAUUUUGAGUGAUUUGCCUUUUUGUACAUAGCUAGUAACUAUAACAAUGCGUUGCGUUAGAAAAAUACGUCGCUUAAAUCUGUGUCAUAGGCUCAUAACAGUAUUGUUCAGUAAAGUCCUUUAAACGCUCAGGGUUUUGUUUUAAACAUUUGACUGGAAAUGGUGAGAAAGGGAAACAUCGUGGCCGCUGGUAGGGCCAAGAGUACCUAAUAUUGAGUAGUUUCAGAGUGAAAUUGUUGAUAAAAGUGAAAAUUAAUAUUGGAAUGCUGCCUACAUUUUGGUGAAAUAAAAUAAUUGAGAACCAUUA